UGAGAAAAGUGGGCUGCGAGGAUUGCCUUUUGUUCUGGUCUUUGUAUUUAAAAAUUUAACCUAUUGCAAUCCUCGAACUUGGAAUGCACCUGCCACCAGAGGCUUGGAUUUAACCAACCAAAAGCCAAACUCCGUUUCUUAGCCUUGUGAGUUGCUCAUAGUGAAGGAUCAAUCUCUCCUUAUCCCAGUGAGCCAGGCCCCUGGGUACUUAGGCCGAUUAAACGUUUGAGCUGAAAGGGAUCAAGUCCAACCCCUUCUUUUUGGCAGAGGAGGAAACUGAGCUCCACAGAAUGCAAGGGACUUACCUAAAAUCACAUACAUAAAACAAAUAUUUGCAAUUCUUCAAGGAAUAUUUAAGAGUGCCAGGAAGUAGUUUCAGAAGUAGCCGUGUCAACUGGCAGUUUGAGAAACCAACCUGGGAGUUGUGAGUGAAGUAUCCUGAGUGAAGAUGCCAAGUGAGAGUGGUCUCAAUGGAGUAACUGCUGACUGAGAAAAGAUCUUGGGUUAAGGGAAUACAUCCUCGUGAAGAAUCUUUCUCCAGCAUGACUGCCUUCUAUAGUAACCAAGGAUAUGAAGAAGAACCCGAUUACCCAGACUUCUCCAACUCCAGGGCAAAUCUGGAUUCCCUGAACGGUCCAGACUAUCUGUAUUGCUGGAAUAAUUCCAACAACCUGAAGUUCAAAGACAAUGCAAAGUUUUCAAGCACUCACAAUUAUCCCGAUUAUCCUGAUGCACUGAACAGUCCAGAUUAUCCUGGAGCUGAGGACUACCUAGACAAUCUAGGCUUCAGGAAUCAUCAGGAGUAUCCAGGAUCCCAUACAAAUACAUCCUUUUCAAGAUCCCAAAGGACUCCUGACUACCCAGGCCCUAGGAGCAGUUCUUAUCAUUCAAGGUCCAAGCACAGCCUGGACUCCUUCAGAUUCAUGACAAUUCCAGACUAUCCUGGGGCUGAGGACUAUCAAGACUCCAGAGAGGAUCCAGAUCCUGGGAACAAUGCUUACAGAUCAAGUUCCAGAAGCUAUCCAGACCGCCUGGGUUCCCUGGGAAUUCCAGACUAUCAAGGUGCUGAAGACAACCUGGGCACUCCAGAUAAUUGGGGAAGUGCAUAUAUACAAAACAGUCAGAACAAUCAUGGCUACUCCUAUUCAGAGAAACCAGAAAUGGGCAGAGGGGCAGGUAACGAGAGUCAUCAUUCUGGGCUUUUCCAUCGGACCUUGGGUGCUCCUGAGAGAGACAAUCGAGAUUACCCAGAUUCCUUCCAAAUGACCUCAAGGCAGCCUACAUCUCUGUAUAGCAUGUACCCAGUGCCAGAUCGUGAUGGGGAUGAAUAUAGAAACCUUGCCUAUGAGGAUGAAAGCAGUCUAGUUGGAGAUUAUGGAAAUCAGCACUUGGGAAGAAAAGUUAAUUCUUUUGGCUGGAGAAGGAACUGGCAUGAAGAUGCCUUGCAGGCACAUGAUCCUACUUUUAUGAAUAUUGCAGACAAAACCAAGCAUGAGGAAAAGUUGGUUGCCUCUCUUGUAAACUUACCAAGUAGAGACAGAAGUAAAAUCAUCCGGAAUCAGCCAUUGACCAUGCAGGAAAAAAGGAAAAUUAAGAAAAAAGUUAAUAUGGAGAAACAGAAACCUGCCAGCCAUUCAGUUCAGUUAAAUUAUUGUACCCAGUGCCUGACUGCAACAGCACUGUAUUAUCGGCAUUUUAAGAACAUUAUGUCAGAAUUUUUCCAGUCGCUGCAUGUAUGGCAGAGGACCCUCAAGAUCAUUGGCAGCAAAUUUGGAACAAGCGUACUUUCCUACUUCAGUUUCCUGACAUGGCUCCUCAAGUUUAACAUUUUUUCAUUUAUUGUGAACUUUGGUUUCAUCGUCAUCCCUCAGCUUACAGAUCCUAAGCCAAACAAUGUUUCCUUCACUGGUCUGGAGCUUCUCACUGGAGCAGGCUCUUUUCAACAAACAGUGCUGUAUUAUGGGUUUUAUUCCAAUUCAACUAUCAAGCACAAAGGAAGCAACACCUCUUACAACAUGCAGCUGGCAUAUAUUUUCACGAUCGGACUAUACUUGGUCAUCUGCUUCUUUUCCUUACUCUAUAGGCAAUUGGGGUUAAGUGACUUGCUCAGGGUCACACAGCUAGAUUUUGGUAGAGCUGGAUGUAUUGUUUUUGCCUCUCAUAGCAUGGCCUGUUCUUUCCGGAAUAACUUCAUUAACCCUCACGUCUACUCCAGAGGGACUGCUAAACUUGUCUUUUCCUGGGACUUCACCAUCACUUGUGAGAAAGCUGUGAAGCUAAAGCAAAGAAACCUUAUCAUAGAACUCAAGGAGAAUCUGUCAGAAAUCCGGCUUGAGAAUGUGAUUACACCUCUCAAGCAGAGGUUAUCUCGUCUUUGCAUCCACCUGGCAGCCUGGAUAGUUUCCACAGGGGUGGCUGUUGCCUGCUGUGCGGCUGUUUAUUUCCUGGCUUCUAAUAACAUGAAGUUUCUGAGAGAACACAAAAACCAGGCGGCCACUUUAUUGCUACCUUUCCUGGUGUGUUGCAUCAAUCUCUUUGUACCACUAUUUUACUCCUCCUUUGGAUUGGUGGAAAAGUUUGAAAUUCCUCGACAUCAGGUCUUAGUUAUCAUUACCAGGAAUAUCUUUCUGAAAAUAUCCAUCAUUGGGAUUCUUUGUUAUUAUUGGCUCAACUCUGUAGCGGUGUCGCAGGAAGAGUGCUGGGAAACACUUAUUGGCCAGGAUAUCUACCGACUCCUCAUGAUGAAUUUUUUCUUUACUUUAUUUGACUCCAUUUUUGGAGAGUUUUUGAGAAGAAUCAUUGGGACUAAAUUGAUUAAAAGCCUUGGUGUGCCUGAGUUUGAUAUUGCCAGGAAUGUUUUAGAGCUAAUCUACACACAGACCCUGCUGUGGAUUGGCAUCUUUUUCUCUCCUCUGCUGCCCUUCAUCCACAUGAUCACACUCUUCAUCAUGCUUAAUGUCAAAAGAAUCAGCUUAAUGAUGAACUGUCUGCCUCCAAGCAAAGUCUGGCGUGCCUCUCAGAUGAUGACUCUUUUUAUCUUCCUACUGUUUUUCCCAUCUUUUACUGGGGUGCUAUGUGUCCUAGCCAUCACUGUCUGGAGGUUGAAGCCUUCAGCCCAGUGUGGUCCUUUCCAAGGCCUGCCUUCCAUCAUCCAUGCAAUCUAUGGAUGGAUUGAGAUACUUAGCAACAGACCUAGCUACUUAUGGGUAGUGUGGAUUUAUCGGAAUCUCAUCGGGAGUGUGCAUUUCUUCUUCAUCCUCACCCUCAUUGUCGUGAUAAUCACAUACCUUUACUGGCAGAUAAUUGAGGGAAGGAAGAUCAUGAUCAAACUCCUACAUGAACAGAUCAUCAAUGAAGGAAAAGACAAGAUGUUUCUUGUGGAGAAGCUUUUAAAGCUCCAGGACUCCCAGAAGAAACCAAGUACUUUCCCACCAGCUCAAGAAAGGAGAGAACAGGAGAUGGAGUCUAGGAACAGCCUGGAUAUGCCAACAGAUCUGUCAAGAAGAAGCAGAACCUCUCUCAGGAAUCAAAAUUCUGUGUUUAUGGAAGAACAUUUUAACCAUGAUACAAGACAACACACUGGAAUAACAGAUGAAGAUUCUUCUGAAGCCUUAAGGCUUGCCAUGAUGGCUAAACAACAGUCAGUAAUGGAGAGAUGAGGGAAGUAUAAAAAUUUUUACAAUUCACACCCUGGGCUUCCUGCCAGAAGAAACAUAUCAACCACUUGCUGGAAGUAUUCAUGUCGGAAAGUUGGGAUUGUCAGCAAUGCGAAUACCAAAUUAAAAUUGGAAAGUUCUAUGCAGUUUCUUCUGAUUCUUUGUUCACUUUUAACUGAGACAGAGCAUGUUUUUGGUUUUCUAAUAAAGACUAUUGUCAUAUUUAAACUUGUACUUUAGAACAAAUGAUAAAACAACUUAAAAAUUAUAUAUCUGGGCCUCAAAAUGUCAGUGAAAACUGUUAACCUGAAUUUUAAUGAAAAGAGUCAAUACAACAAAAUGGAAGUCUUUAAUUGGGGCAAGUAAGUUGCAGCCCAAGGAGCCAUGCAGCAAGUGCUGGGGUACCCCAGGAGGAGGACUGGGAACAGUGUUAUAUAAACCAGAAGGCAAGUACUAAGGCAGAAAGAAUGACUAGGUUGCAGGUGGGAUGGGUUUCACCAGAUACAUUGUUUUGCAUAACAAGCAAAAGUCCAUAAAGAAAGGCUGGGAAUCUUGGGAUGAGGGAGAGUUGGGGAGAUUUACAAAUAAUCAGAGCCCCAGGCAAUUCAUUGGCCAGGGAACCAAAACCAGGUCAGGUCCAGUUAGUUCUCAGUCACUGUAUUUGUAUAUAAUUAUCAAUUACUGGUCUUUGGAAGGCCCAAUUUUUGUUUCUCCCUCCAGGGAAAGUAAUUCCCUGCCCCUACUCCCACCUGCAACACACACACACAAACAUACCAAUCACAGGCCUCCUAUAGCCUAGGCACAGAGGAGACUAUAGCAAAAGUAAGUCUAGGGGGCAGCUAAAUGGCCCUGGAGUCAGGAGUGUUUGCUAUAUCAUGAAUUCCAUGAAGCCAUUGUUAAAUCAGGAAGACGCUUUAUUAAUGACCUGGGAAGGUGGGGCUUCCCACAUGUGUGGAUAGAUGCACACCUUUUUAUUCCCUAUUCCCCAUUCGAAUUUCCUUCCCAUUUUCCCAUUGGCUGGGUACUAUAGAGGUUACAGCCUAUCAUAUCCCCAUAUGAGUCUCCACCCCUAAUUACAUCUCCCACUCCCCACAAUUUGGCCACCCUGCGCCUUAUUUGGGUAUACUCACAUCCCUUCUGCUUGGGAUACUGAUGUGUUAAUCUAUACCUAAACUCAGAACCAGUUUUCACUGGUCUGUCCAUUCACCCACCAACUCCACUUUAUGGCUUUCUUUUGUUCAACUUCCACCUAGUCCCCAGACUGCACUCCUGUGGAAAUGAAAACCAGACAUUUCCCACACUUCCUCCCAGUCCAAACUGACUCCAAUGUUGUCACACGGGCAUUCAACCACUGAUUGAGUGAUGGAUGUGCAGAAGCAACAUUCCCAACCACAUUGUCCACAAGGAGGACCUGAGUUCAAAUCUAGUCUCAGACCAGAUACUUGACACUAGCUUUGU